AUGGAAUACAUGGACGAAGAUAUCGUAGCCCAGUACUUUUACAAAGGCGCGAAAGUUGAGAUCAGCUGCAAAGACGAAGGCAUUCAAGGCUCUUGGUACGCGGGCACUGUCCUUAGCCACCGAAAAUCGAAAAGGAAUUCUUGCAUGAAGGUGCUAGUGAAGUACAAAACCCUGUUGAACAACGAGGGCACUCGGCGGCUGAGGGAGGAGGUGGACGCGAUACAUCUGCGGCCGGCCCCGCCGCCGGAGAACCGCCGGAUGUUCGAGUCCAGUGAGAAUGUGGACGCGUAUUACCAUGACGGGUGGUGUGAGGGUGUCAUAACUGAAGUGUUGGGGGAGGAUAAAUACAGGGUGUUCUUCCGGGACAGCCGGGAGCAGAGGAACUUUAAGGCUUCCCGGCUGAGGCGCCACCAUGAGUGGGUCAUCGGGAAGUGGUUCCCGCCUUUGGAACAAGGAUACGACGUCUCGCCUCCAUUGAAGCAGCCAAAGGUUGAGGAAGUUUCAACCUCAACAAAAGUGAAGUCUAACAAAAGGACAAUUGACAAUAAUUUUAGCCCAGGAGCACCGAUAGAAGUCAAUAAUGACGAAGAUGGUUUUGACGAUGCUUGGUUUGAUGCAACUGCUGUCAAAAAAUCAGGAGCACCGGAAGUUUCAACUGAAACUAAAGUGAAGCCUAACAAAGAAAGAAAUGUCGAUUAUUUUCGCCCUGGAGAACCUGUUGAAGUCAGUAGUGAUGAAGAUGGAUAUGAAGGUGCUUGGUUUCCUGCAACUAUUGUCAAAAAAUUAGAUAGCGGGUACCUAAUUGAGUAUCAAACCCUCAGAAACGAAAAUGACACAGAUUUCCUGAGAGAAGAGGUUGACAGUUUGCAUAUAAGGCCAUGCCCACCCGAUAUUGAACUACUUGAUCGUUUUGAAGUUCUUGACAAAGUUGAGGCUUUGUAUGAUGAUGUUUGGUGGGUGGGUGUUAUCUCCAAAGUUCGAAAAUAUGAUGAAUACAAUGUAUACUUUAGGAGCUUCGAUGAGGAAUUGGAAUUUAAGCACUCGCGUCUCAGGGCACAUCAGAAUUGGAUAAAUGGGAAAUGGGUUUUUGCCCCCAAGGUACAAUUUUAUGAGUUCAGAUUUACAUUCUUCUAA